UAAAUUGGUAGAAACAAACAGAAACAUUGGUAUACUUAUGUGCUGCUAUAUUCAAUUGCAUCUUGGUUUAUUCCCUGACAGGAGACUUGGAGGAAGAUGAAUUGGGGCUUUUUGGAAAACGUUCUCAGUGGGGUGAACAAGUACUCUACCGUGAUCGGACGCAUUUGGCUCUCUGUGGUCUUUCUCUUCAGGAUCUUGGUGUAUGUGGCAGCAGCCGAGCAAGUGUGGAAGGAUGAGCAGAAGGAUUUUGUAUGCAACACCCAGCAGCCUGGCUGUGAGAACGCUUGCUUUGACCACUUCUUCCCCAUCUCACAGGUGCGUCUCUGGGCUCUGCAGCUCAUCAUGGUGUCUACUCCAUCCUUGUUGGUUGCCCUGCAUGUGGCCUACAGGGAGCACCGGGAGGCCAAACACAAGCGGAAACUGUACAAGGACAAAGGGAGCAUUGAUGGAGGUCUGUUCUGCACCUACACAGUGAGCCUGUUCUUCAAGAUAGCCUUCGAGGUGGGCUUCCUACUCACUUUCUACUUCUUGUAUAAUGGCUUUGAGGUGCCCAUACUGCACCGCUGCAGUGAGAGUCCCUGUCCUAACACGGUCGACUGUUACAUUAGCAGAGCCAAAGAGAAGAAGAUCUUCCUCUACAUCAUGGGCUGCACCUCUAUUCUGUGUAUUGCUCUGAAUUUUGUGGAGCUCAUGUACAUUGUAUGGAAGAGGUUGUGGAAAUGUUUCACCAAGUUGUAUGUCCCCAUGGAGGAGAAGGCUUCCAGCCACAGCCGACGUGUUUCCAUUGUCAACACAUACGUCUCUACAGAGCCCACAGUAAACACAGAGGACAGCAAUGUACAACCUGCAUCCACUGCUGAAAACCAGCCUGUCUGGUCUCAGAGGGCUGCGAAUAACUGAAACAGUGAAAUUGAAACAGAUUUUAGGAUACAGUUAGUUGUAAACUGAGAGAUACAGCAUUUAUUUGUGUGAGCAUACUGACACAUUAAUGACACUAAGUAGGGUUUUAACACUAUUACAGCCUCAUAUGCCCUCCUCUAUGCACUUAUGUUAUGACACUCUGACUUGUCUAACUCCUGACAGUAUAAAUUUUCCAGUUAAGGAUUCGGUUCUGCUGGAAACAUGAAUUUCACAUAGCUCCAGUACAUAUAU